GCGCGGCGCCGCUGCUGGAUGGCCGGGGCAGCCCGCAGCGCCGCCGCCGCUGCACGCACGUGGCAUGCCUGGAUGUCCCUGUCCUGGCUGUGGCAUGGCGGGCCAAAGGCUCCUCUUCUUCACUGCGCUUGUCCUAGAGCUCCUGGGAGGGGCUGGGGGUUCCCAGCCGGCCCUCCGGAGCCGGGGGCCCGCAGCUGCCUGUCGCCUGGACAACAAGGAAAGCGAAUCCUGGGGGGCCCUGCUGAGCGGAGAGAGGCUGGACACCUGGAUCUGCUCCCUCCUGGGCUCACUCAUGGUGGGGCUCAGCGGAGUCUUCCCACUGCUCGUGAUCCCCCUGGAGAUGGGGACCAUGCUGCGCUCAGAAGCUGGGGCCCACCGCCUGAAGCAGCUGCUCAGCUUUGCCCUGGGGGGACUUUUGGGCAAUGUGUUUCUCCACCUGCUGCCCGAGGCAUGGGCCUACACAUGCAGUGCCAGCCCUGGCCUGUCAGUGCUGCCCCCUGCAGGUGGUGAGGGGCAGAGCCUGCAGCAGCAACAGCAGCUGGGACUGUGGGUCAUUGCUGGCUUCCUCACUUUUCUGGCGUUGGAGAAGAUGUUGCAGGACAGCAAGGAGAAGGAGGGGACCAGCCAGGCCCCCAGCAAAGACCCCGCUGCUGCUGCCGCGCUCAGUGGAGGCCACUAUUUGGCCCAGCCGGCUGCAGAGCCCGGCGUGAGUGCUGUGGUCCGGACCAUCAAAGUCAGUGGCUAUCUCAAUCUGCUGGCCAACACCAUAGACAACUUCACACAUGGGCUGGCUGUAGCUGCCAGCUUCCUUGUGAGCAAGAAGAUUGGGCUCCUGACCACCAUGGCCAUCCUUCUGCAUGAGAUCCCCCACGAGGUGGGCGACUUUGCCAUCCUGCUCCGGGCCGGCUUUGACCGAUGGAGCGCAGCCAAGCUGCAGCUCUCGACGGCGCUGGGGGGCCUGCUGGGCGCCUGCUUCGCCAUCUGUACGCAGUCCCCCAAGGGAGUAGAGGAGACCGUGGCCUGGAUCCUGCCCUUCACCUCUGGCGGCUUCCUCUACAUCGCCCUGGUGAACGUGCUGCCCGACCUCCUGGAGGAAGAUGACCCGUGGCGCUCCCUGCAGCAAGUCCUGCUGCUCUGCACAGGCAUCGUGGUGAUGGUGCUCUUCUCGCUCUUCGCGGGGUGACCGCCCCUGACGGCCCCCCCACCGCCCUCAGCAAUAAGAGACUCGGAUUCAGUCUGUGACCGUGUGUGAGGCACAGGGCGAGUGCCUGAGAGCGCCCCUCUGACCAGAUUAGAGGACGGUGUGUGUGUGUGUGUGUGUGUGUGUGUGUGCGCAGAGGUACGCGUGAGACCGACACUGUGAUCGUGCGCUGGGCCCAAGGCCCGAUGCCCUCACCCAGCCACGCUGUGGUCUUCUCUCCUUAACCCCGCCAUCCGGCACUUCCCGCGGCGAGCAUUGAGGAAUAGCAGCCCUGCUCCCAAGCGGAGGCCUCUCCCACCAAGCCCACAGGGGGAGUGAGAAGAGCCCCAGGAGCCUAGGGCUUCGGGGAGCCCAAAGCUGUCUCCCUCUGGGGCCUUGGGGUUCCUGGCCUUCUGCUCAGGCACCGAGCCCCGGGCAGCCUGAGCGCUGAGGCUGGGGAGCCUUCUCUGCUGUGUCCGUUGUCCUGGCCCUUCCUUUGUCAGUUCUAAGGCCAAAGAAAGGAGAGGCAGGUGCUCGCGUAGCCCCUCGCCGCCGCACUCAGCACUGACAGUCCCACCCAGCCCGGGAUGGAGCCGGGGGUGCUUCCCAAGACCUUCUCCUUGUGGCUGCCGGCCCUGGGCCAGCUCCUGUGCCCCAGGAAAUGCUCCCUGGCAGCGCCUGCAGCUUUUGCCACCUCCCGCUGCCAAGCAGCAGCCUGCAGGGCGGUGAGCGGCCCUGGGCCAGAGAGGCCUGCUGGUCCAGCUCAGGGACGCUCACGCCGGUCCAGGCGGAGAUACCCUGGAGGCAGGAACAGUGGGCUGUGGCUGCCCCUCCCUGCCCAGGCCCUUUUUCCUGUCCCACCGUGGCCGAGGGUAGGUUGGGGGUGGUGAGGGCUCCGCCUUGUCAGCAUGCAGGAAUGUGCUCUGGGAGAACGCUGAAGCCCUAAUCCCCGGCUAUUUCCCUUGGCUGACACCCAGGCACUGAGCUGGCCCACUCCACAGCCAGGCUCAGCCCUGCUGCUCGACCGCGGACGUUCUGAGAAGCGGCCGUCAAGAGGGUCUGAAUGGGUUUACAGCAGUUGUGCUGUGGUUCCAUUUCUUUCUGUAAAUAACUAUAGAGAAGAUACAAAUAAAUAUUAUAUACAAA